AUGGAGUUUUUGUUCUGGUUUCGGCGCGAACCUGACAUGAGGGAUCGUGUCGACAGCUUACAACAACUGCUGGUGAUGAAAUACCCAGCUAUGCUUCAAGCAAUGUUUCAAUCGUGUCUCGAGGCAUCCAUUAGCCCUGAAGAAGUAUUACAAAUGCUGCCGAUCCCACUGACACUUGACGACAGUACGGAGGCGGUGACCAAUUUCUCUUCUAUGGUCAACGUCUGGUCUGUGUAUGUCUCUUCAUUCCGAGGUCGCGGUUACGUCUUUAGCAAUGAUGCUGUCGUGAAAGUAUUGGUGCAACAGAUCGAAGAACCGAUGUUUGAUUUGUGGCGAGUCGGUCAUGGUCCCCGCUUAUGCAGUGGCUGA